CCGGUGAUCUGUCUCCAGUGUUGUGCCGUGUUGUCGCCGCUCCUAGUGCAGUCACCACGCCCGGCCCUCGGGUGUUCCGCUCAGUCAUGGCUGCCGCCCGCAGGUCUCGCUCAGACUCCCGCUGCGUCCUGCGUUAUUCCGACCGAGAACUGUGCUGAGCUCAGAGGAACCGACAAGCGCCCAGCAUGGCGGAAGGUGAUGAGGAUUGUUACCCUGACAUCCUGAAGGCUGAUGAAAAUGGACUAUCUGGAGAAUCUAAUCUUCAGGAGGAGCUGCAAGUGUUUCGAGCUUGCUGGAUGUCCGAACUUACUCCAGGAGGAAGUUCUUCAGGAGCAGAGACUCAGUCCAGUAAAGUACUGAGAGGAUCUGUUGGGAAGGUCUCAGAUACCAAAUCUAAGCAUGAACUGGCCAAGGAGGAGAUGGCCAGAGAGCUUUUUCUUAAAGCUGCAGAGCGGGAGCAAAAUGGAGCACUCUAUGAAGCUAUCAAGUUUUACCGCCAAGCCAUGCAGCUUGUGCCUGACAUUGAGUUUAAAAUAAAUUACAACUGGUCCCCUGACGGAGAAGGGAAAAACUUUAUGGAAGAUGCCAACGAUGAUAGCAAGAUGGCUGACUUACUAGCCUACUUCCAGCAGCAGCUAUCAUUUCAAGAGUCUGCGCUCAAGUUGUGUCAGCCAGAGUAUGAUGUUACUCAGACUCAUAUUUCAGAGCUCCCUAUGGAGGUGCUGAUGUAUGUUUUCCGUUGGGUGGUUUCCAGUGAGCUUGAUCUACGAUCAUUAGAGCAAUUGUCCUUGGUCUGCAAGGGCUUUUAUAUUUGUGCAAGGGAUCCUGAAAUCUGGCGCCUAGCAUGCCUGAAAGUAUGGGGCAGAAACUGUGUGAAGAUGCUACCUUACAUCACCUGGAGGCAGAUGUUUCUCGAGAGGCCCCGUGUCCGUGUUGAUGGUGUGUAUAUUGGCAAGACUACAUACAUACGCCAGGGAGAGCAGUCUUUGGAUGGAUUUUACAGAGCCUGGCACCAAGUGGAAUAUUACAGGUAUAUGAGAUUCUUUCCUGAUGGUCAGAUUAUUAUGAUGACUACCCCAGAAGAGCCUCAAACAUUUGUACCUCGUUUAAGGUCAAAAAAUGCAAGGAUUGAUGCUAUGCUGCUUGGCCAUUAUCGUCUGACUCAAGAUACAGAUAAUCAAACCAAAGUUUUUGCAGUUGUAACCACCAAGAAGGAAGAGAAACCUACAGAGUACCAAAAAUAUCGUUACUUCCGCCAUGCCCCAGUGCAGGAAACUGACCACAGCUUUCAUGUGGGGCUUCAGCUGUGCUCGAGUGGUCGUCACAAAUUUAACAAGCUGGUUUGGAUUCAUCAUUCUUGUCAUAUUAAUUACAAAUCCACUGGAGAGACGUCGGUUACAUCAUUUGACAUGAAUAAGAUGUACACCCCACUGAUGUUUUCCCGUGUGAAGAGUUACACUUCUGUAUCAGAGAGACCCCUCUAAAGUUUCUCUUUCAUUUCUGCAUGAUUUUCAAGGAUAAUUAGAAAACAAUGAUGCUUUUGGCAUACAUUUAUCUGUGGUUUCUGCUGCAAACUGUGGGUGCUUUUAAGAGAUGAUUUUAUUUUGGGGCAUGUAGGGGUAGAAUUGUUUUCUAAAACUUGAAAUCUUAUUUUCAAGCAUUGUGCUUUUUGCGGAAAUGUUUUGAUAAUUCUAUUCAGCAUAAGUCUUUCUCUGCUCUUUUCUUCCAGUUUGUUAUUACUGUUUUCUGUUGUUACACAAACUGCCCCAUGGCUAUAUAACUGAAUGUUGUAUUAUUCAAGACCUUCACCUUCUGAAAGCGGUACAUGAUAUAUGCAAGAUAUCAGUCUGGUUGUGUCUCCACACUCUAAGAUACAAUAUUCAUAGAUGUUUCUAGAGAGACCAGGGGAAAAGGAAGAAUGCAUUGUUUUUACAUUUGCCUCCAUCAAAAACAAUGGCACAUUAGACGAUAGCGCCACUCAAAACAGUUGAUUCGUUUGCAGGGCGAUUAGGACACUUGGAAGUGUCGUGUCACUUUUUACUAGUAGCAAGCACCACCUCAACACAUCACUACACUUCUUCAUUGGAUCUGCUUCCCUUGCUUGCUCGUACUGCAUUGCUUUCAGUCUUGCAGAUUGCCCUUUUGACAUUUGGGCAUUCAGAAUGAAUUAAAGGCAGGAUGAACUGAAAGAGCCGCAAGUUGACAAAGAAACUUCAUACUGGUGGAUUUUUCUGUUAGAUUCAUAGUAUAGCUUCAUGAGCCAAAUGCUGUAAUUGUCCUCCGCCUAAAGCUGAAGUUCCCAUGCUUAUGGGGUUCUCAAUGCAAACUUAUUUCCCACAUAAUGAGAUUACAUUCAAUGCUUGAUCUACAUAGAGCUAGUGGGUUGUAAAGGACAGUCUGGGGUUGAUGCAAAUCCCUGAUCCCUAGCAAACAUGCUAAGAAGUUACCUGUAUUUUACUAUAAAUGAGAACUGUGUGCAAUAUUUCAAUUGUUUUUAAAAAGGGAACCAUUGGCAAAACAACCCUGGAUUGUUAUAAACUUACAGGAAUGAGGAAUGUACUUUGCCAUGGAACCCGUUAUAAAAAGCCUUGUGUUUUAUGUAUCUUUGUUACUUUUUUUUCUCCAAUUAAAAUAAAACUGAGUUCUGGAAAGAGGCUAAAAGUAAAUACACUGAAUGAUUUGUUAACUCUU